CACGCGCACCAAAACCAAAACCAUGUCUUCACCCCGGGCUGUCAUCUCCGUCAUUGGCUCCCUCAACGUCGACCUCGUGACCCGCACAGCACGCGUACCCGUCGGCGGCGAAACCCUCACAACCGAGUCUUUCGACAUUGGCUUCGGCGGGAAAGGCGCUAACCAGGCUGUAGCAUGUGCACGUCUAUCCAGGACGCAGCAACAAGCUCAGAAUGGCGGAGAGGGGGAUGUCGAGGUGCGCAUGGUCGGUGCAGUAGGGGAUGAUGAGUUUCACGAGGGUUUCUUGAAGAGUCUGCAAAAAGAUGGGCUGAAUACGGACAGGGUGCAGAUCUUGAAGGGUAAGAAGAUGGGGGUUGCAGUCAUCAUUGUGGAAACGGGGACGGGGGAGAAUCGGAUUAUGUUGUGUCCGGGGGCGAACGGAGAUGUACAGGUUGAGGAUCUUGUGGACGGAGAUGCGACUGUAGCAUUGUUUCAGCUGGAACUGCCGCUGGAUGUGGUUCUGCACAACAUGAAAACAGCGCGUCAGAAAGGUGUGGAAACUAUCAUCAAUCCCGCACCCGCCAUCCCACUACCGGAGGAAGCCUACCAAGGACUAGAUCAUCUGAUCGUCAACGAAACCGAGGCUGCGAUCCUUUCUGGAAUCGAAAAUCCUCCGUCGUGGGAUGAAGUAGCUGCUGUUUUCGUGGCUCGGGGAGUGCAAAACGUCAUCAUCACUCUCGGUGGGGAAGGUGUUUUCUAUAAGACAUCAAAGCAGCAGUCCAGUGGGGAGCCCGGUCGUAUCGUUCCUGCACGUAAGGUCAAGGUGGUCGACACGACAGCAGCAGGUGACACUUUCACAGGUGCUUACACUGUGGCCGUAGCACGCUGGAAGGUGAUGUCUCAGGAGGCGGAUUUUGAUCUCGAUGCGGCGAUUGCACAUGCAAAUCGAGCAGCGUCACUGACAGUGCAGAAGGCGGGUGCGCAGUCGAGUAUUCCGUGGGCGGACGAGGUGCCGGAAGCAUAACAGUCCAGAGGGGUGGACAAUAAGACACCAGUACCUAAGGCGUUAAUAGCAUGAGAUGCCUUUUGGAGACCGCACUCAACAUAAUUAGCACAAACAUUUGACAAACCUCUGUUUGGUCGCGACCCCGAAAUCCUCAACAACUGUUCAUCUUGAACCUUGGUUAACUUUGCACAAUCGCAACCAGAGAGAUUUCACACGUCUAUCUACCAAUGAGUGACUUUGGUUUGGUCUUUCGAUUUUUGAAGUAGGUCUUAGGAUUCUACUGUUUGUUUGCUUACUGUAUCAAUUCCAUGAGAACCAACGGUUUUUACCAUAAGCGAUCUCCAAGCUUUCAAUCAACAUAUUGAGGCACUCAUGUCGUCCAACCGUUGAACUAUUUCAACGAGUGUUGCGACAACUUGUUCCCGGUUCUCAUUUGUUGGGUUCAUAAUCAUAGUCCAGUG